AUGGCCACCACCACGAUAACAUCGACCGUUCGCAAGAAGGAUAUUAAUCUUCCACCAGAGAACGAACGAUUCCUACGAUGUUGCGCCGAUAUCGCGAACGCUCUUAUCGAAGAUCAUGAGACCCCAAGAGAUCCCAAAAAUCCUAAACGGGAUAUCAACCUCAAUAGCCUUCGUUCCAAAUUCUCGAGGAAGCACAAGAUUGCUAGCAUGCCACCGCUGACUGCCAUCAUCGCUGCUGUUCCCGAACACUACAAAAAAUACAUCUUACCGAAGCUAAUCGCGAAACCUAUCCGUACAUCCUCUGGCAUCGCAGUCGUCGCUGUCAUGUGUAAGCCGCACCGAUGCCCUCAUAUUGCGUACACCGGCAAUAUCUGCGUUUAUUGCCCCGGCGGACCCGACUCCGACUUCGAAUAUAGUACACAGUCCUAUACAGGAUACGAACCGACAUCUAUGCGCGCCAUCCGUGCCCGAUACGAUCCGUUCGAACAAGCCCGAGGUCGCGUCGACCAACUCAAGUCCUUAGGACACUCAGUCGACAAAGUCGAGUAUAUCAUCAUGGGUGGCACGUUCAUGUCUCUACCCGUCCCUUACCGAGAGGAGUUCAUCUCGCAGCUCCACAAUGCCUUGAGCGGUUACCAAACGACGAACGUCGACGAAGCGGUUGAGGCUGGUGAAAUGAGUAACGUAAAAUGUGUUGGUAUUACUAUUGAAACUCGGCCUGAUUAUUGUCUCCAACCACAUUUGACUGAUAUGCUCCGAUACGGCUGUACGCGCCUGGAGGUCGGGGUUCAGUCGUUGUACGAAGAUGUUGCACGAGAUACCAAUCGAGGGCACACUGUGGCAGCUGUCGCUGAGACGUUUUGCCUAGCCAAGGACGCCGGAUUUAAAGUUGUCUCACAUAUGAUGCCUGAUCUACCCAACGUCGGCAUGGAGCGCGAUCUAGACCAAUUUAGAGAAUAUUUUGAAAAUCCAGCAUUCCGAACUGAUGGGUUGAAGAUAUAUCCCACACUAGUCAUUCGCGGGACCGGUCUUUACGAGUUAUGGCGGACGGGUCGAUAUAAGAAUUACACACCUAACGAUUUAAUCGAUAUCGUUGCUCGAAUAUUGGCACUUGUUCCUCCUUGGACCCGAAUUUAUCGAGUACAAAGAGAUAUCCCGAUGCCGCUUGUCACGUCAGGCGUUGAGAAUGGAAAUCUAAGAGAAUUGGCCCUCGCUCGAAUGAAGGAUUUCGGCACCACGUGUCGUGACGUGAGAACGCGCGAAGUCGGUAUUAACGAAGUCAAGCACAAGAUCCGCCCAAAUCAGAUUGAGCUUAUCCGUCGUGAUUAUACAGCUAAUGGUGGAUGGGAGACCUUUUUAUCUUAUGAAGAUCCGAAACAGGAUAUCUUGGUCGCUCUUCUUCGUCUACGCAAAUGCACGGAGAAGUAUACCUAUCGUCAGGAAUUGAUUGGCCAGCAGACCAGUCUAGUUAGAGAACUUCACGUUUACGGAACCGCCGUACCCGUUCACGCGAGAGAUCCAAAGAAGUUUCAGCACCAAGGCUUCGGUACUCUUUUGAUGGAGGAGGCAGAACGUAUUGCGCGUGACGAGCAUGGAAGCGACAAGAUCAGCGUCAUCAGUGGAGUUGGAGUGAGGAGCUAUUAUAAGAAACUUGGAUAUUGGCUAGAUGGUCCAUACAUGAGCAAAUGGUUUGAUGGUCGUCCGCAAGAGCAAUCUUGA